AUGGCCUGCAUCGGUGCUGAAAACGCCUGCAUGGACGUCGACGCGCUGUUCGCGAGCUGCUGGGAGCAAAACGACUCCCUCACUCGCUUCGUCUGCAGCAUGAUCGCAGCUCCACGCCUGGCCGUCUCCAGCUGGAUCAGGCCGUGCGAGCAAGCAGCAGUGGAGGUGCUGUCGGUUCCCGUUCUCCCUGUUGUCGCUCUUCUGGAAGAAGCUGCGUCAACAGAUGCAGAGGUAGAAACCGCUGCUGUGGCUGUUGCUGUGACUGUGGAUGCUCCAAGUGUGACUGCUGCCGUUUCGAGUCAGGCUGAGGAAGCAGAGGAAACUGAGAACGCAGAGGAAGCAGAAAAGGCAGAGGAACCGAAGGAACCGAAGAGGAAAGCUUAUUCGUUCCUGGAGCUGCUUGCUCAAGAGGACUCGGUUGCCUCUCGUACCUCCUCAGUUGACUCGGUUUCCAAGAUUGAUGCUUCCUCAGCCAAGGUUGCGGCCUGGUUGGGUGUGAAAGGCGGAUCAGAGCAGGGUGGGAAGGCGGAAUCAGAGGCACAGCAGGGUGGGAAGGAGGUUGCAGGGGCGAGCAUCGGGUGGAGCAGCUUGAGUCGCAGUGAGAGCAGCUGCAGCAGCCGCAGUGCGUGUCUCAUCCACCUCUCCUCGGACUCCUCCUCCUGCUCCUCCUCCGCUCACAGCCUCUGCAGCAGCCCCACUGGCUUGACGGCGGAGGUAGCUGGUGUGAAGAGAGGGAUUGGUCGAGGCGGUUCCAGCAUUGGGAAGGGAUACUCUCUGUCCACUGCUUACCAUUUCACUGAUCUCGUGGCAGCUGAGGAAAAAACAGUGAAGAGUGGGAUCGGGAAGGGCCUUUUCUGCAAUGGUAAGGACUGGAGCAUGGAGGUGAAGGGGUUUGGGAAGGCGGAGGAGGGACGGAUUGCCUCAAACCAGCUGUUUGGGUGUGAUGACGGGGAGGAAGAGGAGGAGCAUGGCAGUAGCAAGCAUAGUGUGCUACAUGAAUCAGCUGUAUAUGGAUGA